AUGAACCCCAGCUACACCGAGCGAAGGGCUAGCGCCCACCCUACCAUGUCCUCUAGCGCCCAUCACGCCUCCUCCACGCCCUCCGCCGCAUCCAUCGAUCCCACUACCAGCCACGCCAUCUCUUCCGGCAUCCCUAUCACCUCGCCCGCCGCCCUCUCCUACUUUGCCGCCCAUCCGCGUCGCCAGCAAGUCCACUUUGGCAACUACCUCUUGCUUCAAACUCUCGGCGAGGGAGAAUUCGGCAAGGUCAAGCUCGGCGUUCACAAAGAAUGGGGUGAAGAGGUCGCUGUCAAGCUCAUCAAGCGCGACAAGGUCGCCAACGACGCUGCUCCCCUCCACCUCGACGACUCGGCUCAAAAGGACCCCGCCAAAAUGUCCAAGGUCGAGCGCGAAAUUCAAGUCCUCAAGGACGUACGUCAUCCCAACAUUGUCCGUCUCUACGAAGUCAUUGAAUCCGACCGCUACAUUGGCAUCGUCCUCGAGUACGCCUCAGGCGGAGAGCUCUUCGACCACAUCCUUGCGCACAAGUACCUCAAGGAAGAGCACGCCUGCCGUCUCUUUGCCCAGCUCAUCUCGGGCGUUUCCUACCUUCACCACAAAAAGAUUGUCCAUCGCGAUCUCAAGCUCGAAAACUUGCUCCUCGACCGCAACCGCAACGUCAUUAUCACCGAUUUCGGCUUUGCCAACAAUUUCGAGCACAAGCGUAACGACCUCAUGGCCACCAGCUGCGGCUCCCCCUGCUACGCUGCUCCCGAGCUCGUCGUCCAGGACGGCCUCUACGCCGGCUCCGCCGUCGACGUCUGGUCCUGUGGUGUCAUUCUCUACGCCAUGCUCGCCGGCUACCUCCCCUUCGACGACGACCCUGCCAACCCGGACGGCGACAACAUCAACCUGCUCUACAAGUACAUCCUCGCUACGCCUCUCUCCUUCCCCGAGUACAUCACUGCUCAGCCGCGCGAUCUGCUCUCCAAGAUGCUCGUUCCCGAUCCCACCCGUCGUGCUACGCUCGAGCAAGUCAUGCAGCACAGCUGGCUUCGCCAUUACCGCGAACUCUUCAAGUUUUCCGUCGACGACCUCGAACGUGCUGCCAUGGAGCAACAGACAAAGAAGCGCCAGAUGUAUCGUCAACAGAUGAUGUACCAGCAACAGCUUCAAGAGCAACAGCGACGCCAACAAAUGGAGCGCAGCCAGUCGGUUCGCCACAACGUCUCCCACCUCCCCGUCGGCACCGCCUACACCGCCAACACCGCCGUCUCCGCCGUCUCCGCCGCCAAUGUCGCGCACCGGCAAACGCUCCCCAUCAGUGCUACCGUCCCCGAUCGCCUCUACGAGCCUAUCGGCAGCGCCAGCCGCGGAGCUGACCACAGUGUUACUCCUCAGCGCGCCCCCACUGCAUCCUCCCAUCAGCCUCCUGUUGCGCCAACUGCUUCCGCCGAUGCUGCCAUCGCCCCGCUGCCUCGCGCCUCUACGCACAACAACGUUGCUGCUGCUGCUGAUGCUGCUGCUGCCGUUGCCGCUGCUCCAUCGCCCGUCGACCCCGUUACGGCGCUUGGCAAUGCUCGCGGCGAGCCACGUACUCGCCUCGAUGACGCCGUCCCCACCAUCGCCGCUGCUUACGAGACUGAACCGCGCCAAUUAGCCGCUCAAAAGGUUCAGCGUCACACCAUUCAGCUCGAGUACGGCGGUGAUGAGCGCCCUCGCAAAGAGUCGGCUCCAGGCUCUCGUCAAGCUUCGCAGACUCAGCGCAACGCCAGCGCAAGCAGCACCAGCUCCAAGCUGGCCGAAAUCGAGCGCACAAAAACGGCCGCCGACAAGCCCGCUGCCAACGCCAACGCCAUCGUCCCGCCCUCGGUCUUGCAGUCCACUUCCGUCCAAGUGCCUGCCACUUCGGUCGUCGUCCCCGAGAGCGAAAAGGCGAACAUCAGCAAGGCAGGUGCCCCCGACAUGAUGCGUUCCGUCUCGGCUAGUGCGGCAUCCCGCGUGUCUGUGCCUCCCCCCAUCAUGGAGCAAACCCAGCCGUCUGUUUCAGCCCAUCGAAGCACGCAGCCCACAUCGAGCUCCAGGGUCCGUGCUCCCAGCUCGGCAAGCCGAAACAACGCCGACAGCGGCAGUACUGGUCAUGCCACUCGCAUUCCGACCAGCGCUAGCCAGCGCGUCGUCUCGACUUCGAGUGCUGCUAGCGAGCCCGUCGGCUUCCCCUCGUCCGCCACCGAGCGUACCAUUCCUUCCGCCGAUGCCGAUGCCGCUGCCGGCCGGAUCAGUGCUUCGCGACGAGCCAGUAACGGCGCCGAGAUUACCGAACCUUCUCACCGCUCUCCCUCUGCAACUCGGCACGCCACCGCAGACAACGCUCCGGUCACAUCCGCAUCCGCAUCUGCACGCCACCGCAAGGGCAUGUCGACCGACAAGUUUUUUCUCUCACGCCUCUUGGGUUCCAACAGCGCCAACCAACCCAACGGUGCCGGUGUAGCUGGCGACAAGGUCUCCGCUAACGGAAGUGACGCCGCUGGCGACAAGACCAAAAGGGACAGCAUGAACCGACCAGCUCCCGAACGCGCUCCCAGCUCCAGCAGUACCGGAAAGAACGGCCGGCGCAAGGCCAUGAGUCUUGUCGUAGGCCAUGCUUCCGGCGAAGCUUCGUCUGCUGCUGCUGAUCGUAACCGCGCUCUCAAGGCCGGCAUGCCCCACUCGGCCACACGAGCUACCUUUGGCACGCAGGUUUCCGGAAAGGCGGACGAUAGCGUCUCCUCCGCACAGAAGCAGCGCAAGGGUUCUGCUAGCUUGGCCAGCCAAACGACUUCGACUUCGCGAGCGGCGCAGAGCAGCACGCGUCCUCAGCCGUUGCAGCCGUCGCUUCAGCAGCAGCAGCAGCAGCAGGACAAAGCCUUUAACGACGGAUCGACGAUCGCCAGUAGCUCAACUGCCGGCCCUUCGAGCAAUGCAGCCAAGAAGGUUAUGGACUGGUUCCGAAAGAAGAGUCUUUCGCGCGGCACGUUUAACGAGCAGCCACCGCUGGGCCUCUUUGAACGAUCGCCUACAUCUUCGUAUAUGCAUGGUUCCGCAUCUCAGACGCCUUCAGUGAUUGUGACGAGCGCUCCCAACGGUACGAGCCGACACGCCGAAGCGCCUAGCGGCGGCUCGUCGGUGCCCUCUUCACGUUCCACCUCGGGCACUCACAGCGAGAACAGCGAAGCCACCGAAAUGACGCAGCUCACCAACCUGAGCGAUGCCUCUCACCAGGAAGGCGACGGUCUCAAGUCGAGUGCUUCAACUGUACAGCAGCAGGCCACGCCCAAAGCGUCGCUCUCUGCUGUAUCGAAUGUCUCGGAUGCUUCUGCUGCUGGAUCUCUAGUAUCGACGCGCUCACAGCAGCAGCAGCGACCGCAACCGCGAGUCGCAACGGCAACGUCUGCAUCGACCACCCCGGCUCGCUUCAACGAGGCGCGCCUUCGCUACCACCUCGGAGCUGUGGACCAGUCAGCUCUGACGUCGCGAUCGCCGAUCGAAGUGCUGAAAGAAGUGCAGCGCGUGUUGUACGAGAUGGGCAUCGACGUGCGCACCGAAAAGGACGAAGACUUUAAGCUCGAGUGCGUUCGUCGCAAGCGUGCCAAGACUCUUAUGAGCGCAACGCACGGCUUUGGAAUGAGCAUCCGCAGCUCCGUGUUCCCUCCGACGCAAGCUGAUGUCGAGCGCUCUUCGCGCAUGAGCCAUCGUGACUCUCUGACGCCCAGCGCCAGCUCGCCCGGCGGGGGGUCGCUGCGCAGCUUCCUCAAGCGUUCGUCGCUUCAGCCUGGCGCCACGAGCCCCAAGAUGGGUUCCUCUACCUUACCGUCUUCGGCGACAGUGACGAGCAACUUGGGCGGAGCGGUGCACGACGAAAAUCAGCCGCCUCCGCUCUACGGCGAUGCCUCGGUCGACGGCGGGCAGGAAAUCCGUUUCUCCGUCGAGGUCACUCGAAUCAAGAACCUCACCGGCCUUUACAGCCUCGACAUUCGUAGGAUGAAGGGCAAUCUGUGGGCAUACAAGUUCGUCUACCAGGCGCUCCUCGAUCGAUGUCAGUUGGGCAGCAGCACCGCCGCUGUUGGCUGA